AUGGUCCACUCUCCUCGCGCGCCUCAUCCCAUCUCAUGCAUGGCUGCCAGUAAUGGUCUACUGGGUGUCAGCUUUUAUUGGCACGGCACAAAGCAAGUGCCAAGGGCUCGGAGGCUCGACUCCCCGCUGCAGACUCGGCCUGUGGAUAAAAGCGAGCAAAAUGCCCCAGUCGAGCUCAGAGACAUAGUCAUGUUGGGCUGGAACGAGGAAGUGCAGUGGAGAGGGGAGGGACUCAGGGCGCAGCUCCAUGGGGCCGCCGCGGCGCUGCGACCUUCUGCACAUGGAGCCGGGGAGAGUUGGAAGAACUUCAUACUGCAAACUCAAGGAAUAGCAGAGUACUUGCACCGCAUGGAGACAGAGGAGGCCCAGGAAAUGGCCCAAAUGCCAGGCAGGGACAGCCCCCCUGCCAACGAAGCGUCCGAGGAGGCAGAGGAGCCCAUGGCCGUCCCCGAGGACCUGUCAGCCAGCUCCGCCCACCAGCAGAACAACAGAGGGGACAAAGCCUGUAACAUUAAAGUUGAGGCUCGCAGUGAUGAGGAGAAUGGGCUGGCCUGUGACAUGAAUGGUGUGGAGGAGGAGGAGUGCGCGGAAGACUUGCGCGUGAUCGAUGCCUCGGGGGCCAAGGUGAACGGCUCACAGCCGAGCCCCGAAGCAAAGGCCUUCUCCUCGGCCGGCGGUAUCCGGCUGCCCAACGGGAAGCUCAAGUGCGAUAUCUGCGGGAUAGUUUGCAUUGGCCCCAAUGUGUUGAUGGUGCACAAGCGAAGCCACACUGGAGAACGCCCCUUCCAGUGCAGCCAGUGCGGCGCCUCUUUCACCCAGAAGGGCAACCUGCUGCGUCACAUCAAGCUCCAUUCAGGGGAGAAACCUUUCAAGUGUCACCUGUGCAGCUACGCCUGUCGCAGGAGGGACGCCCUCACGGGUCAUCUACGCACCCACUCUGUCGGAAAACCCCACAAGUGUGCUUACUGUGGGCGGAGCUACAAGCAGCGUAGCUCUCUGGAGGAGCACAAGGAGCGUUGUCACAACUACCUCCAGUGCAUGGGGCUGCAGAACAGCAUCUACACAGUAGUAAAGGAAGAAAGCAACCAGAAUGAGCAGAGGGAAGACUUAAGCCAGACGGGAUCUGACAGAGCCUUGGUGCUAGACAGACUAGCUAAUAAUGUAGCUAAGCGUAAGAGCACUAUGCCACAGAAGUUUGUGGGUGACAAACGUCUGUCGGACCUCACCUACGACGGAGGAGCAGGUGAGCUGAUUCAGCCUCACGUCAUUGACCAGGCCAUCAACAGCGCCAUCAGCUACCUGGGAGCCGAGUCGCUGCGGCCUCUUGUCCAGACCUCCCCGGCCUCCUCUGAUGUGGGCCUUGGCUCCAUGUACCCCCUCCACAAGCCACCCCCGGAUGGCCACACGGGGACGGGCCACAGCUUGUCAGCCAAAGACAGCGCAGCCGAGAACCUGCUGCUGCUCUCCAACUCCAAGUCUGCCUCCAGCGAGAAGGACGGCUCACCCAGCCACAGCGGCCAGGACUCCACAGACACCGAGAGCAACAAUGAGGAUCGUCCAGGCGGGGCGGCGUCCGGCCUCAUCUACCUGACCAACCACAUCACAUCAGGUGUGAGGAACGGCGUGCUGCCACUGGUGAAGGAGGAGCAGCAGAGGCAGUACGAGGCCAUCCGGGUCAGCAUGGAGAUGGCGUCUGAGGGCUUCAAGGUGGUGACGGCAGACGGGGAGCAGGUGAGGGCGUACCGGUGCGAACACUGCCGAGUUCUCUUCCUGGACCACGUCAUGUACACCAUUCACAUGGGCUGCCACGGCUUCAGAGACCCCUUCGAGUGCAACCUGUGUGGUCACCGGAGUCAAGACCGGUACGAGUUCUCCUCCCACAUAACGAGAGGGGAGCACCGCUACUGAGCAACGUCACAAAAACAAACAGGUGUACAUGUGGAAGACACACACUCACUCAUGCACCUGAAACAAAUGCAUAGAGAUACAAAAUGUAAAAUACACUGUUGAUGUCUGAAAGGUGUUUUUUUAUACAAAGUAUGCAUGUUUGAACACAGAUAAAUGUACAACUAUUAAAAAAAUAUUUCAUCCAUCUUUUUUAACGAAACAAAAUAAUGUUCAGUGAAAAGAACACAGCAAAGUUACUGUGCCACAUCCCACAUAGGUUUUAAAUUAUGUAUUUACAGGUGCCACAUGUAUAAAAGGGUUUUUUCCUUUUUUUGAAAACCAGGCACCAGUAGAAAAGAUUUCCAUCCUUACAUGUCUCUACUGAAAUGUCAAUAAAAGAUUCCAUUCUGCGGUUGUUUUUAGUGCUGGAAAAACCCACUUUAAUAUUAAAUACAAUCAAUAAAAACAAUCAGUGUAGAUAACCCCACAUUUCUUCCCAAGCUGUCAACCUGUUCUUGUAUUUGUAACGACCUACAUAUUAUUUAUAUCACAUUUACACGCCUGUCUGUUGUUGUAUUUAUUACAGUGAUCAAUGUCUGUCUGUAGAGUAGUUAAUAAAAGCUGCCUCUCUUUCUUUCCCAAAUGUACAAAAUGUGUUUAAGGUGAGAACAUGACCGCUGCUGGAAGUUAUUUUUCAUUUUAUCUGAAGAAAAUGUUAUCCUGGCCUUUUUGUUUUGUACCUGAUGGCUAAGAAUUGUUACACUCAUAACAUGAAAAUGAGCCAUUUGAGGUUUGAAGGAGCUUUAUGCUUGCAAAAAUAUCAAUAAAGGAUAUUUUAUAUAUGCA